CUUCCCCCGGGGCCCGGGGUGUCACGUCCCAGUCUGCCGAGCUCAGGCGGAGGGACCGCCGCCUAAAGAAGCACCUUCGGGCCUGACCCCGUCGGUGGCAGCGGCCGGGUAGGGGGACUCGAGCUGGACGAAGCACCCAGUGCUGCGAGCUAACGGUGCACCUCUCUUCACCCCCUAAGGAAAUGCUCCAGGAGAAAAGCCUGUCUGAAACCGAGGAAGGGUUUCCAACAGCCCCCGCACCCGGCCAUGCGGACUCCUCCGCGGGCUCCCCCGUCCUCGGCGUAGCCGGGGGCAGCAACACGCCGCUCAGCAGCCCGCAGCUCCCCGACCCCGAGCAGACGAUAGAAAAUAUCAAAGUCUAUCUCCACGAGAAGGAGCUAUGGAAGAAGUUCCAUGAAGCGGGCACCGAAAUGAUCAUAACCAAAGCAGGCAGGAGGAUGUUUCCAAGCUACAAGGUCAAGGUGACUGGAAUGAACCCCAAGACCAAGUACAUUCUGUUGAUUGACAUCGUUCCAGCCGACGACCACCGGUACAAAUUCUGCGACAAUAAAUGGAUGGUGGCUGGGAAGGCAGAGCCAGCCAUGCCCGGCCGGCUGUACGUGCACCCUGACUCACCUGCCACUGGAGCACACUGGAUGCGGCAGCUCGUGUCCUUCCAGAAGCUGAAGCUCACCAACAACCACCUGGACCCCUUCGGGCAUAUCAUCCUCAAUUCAAUGCACAAAUACCAGCCACGGCUGCAUAUUGUGAAGGCGGAUGAGAACAACGCUUUUGGUUCGAAGAACACGGCCUUCUGCACCCAUGUGUUUCCAGAGACGUCCUUUAUCUCUGUGACCUCCUACCAGAACCACAAGAUUACUCAGCUGAAAAUUGAGAACAACCCCUUUGCAAAGGGAUUCAGGGGAAGUGACGACAGUGACCUGCGUGUGGCACGGCUGCAAAGCAAAGAAUACCCAGUGAUUUCCAAAAGCAUCAUGAGGCAGAGGUUGGUGUCCAGCCAUGGCCAGCUCUCUACCAAGCCAGAUGUUAACCCACUCCAUGGCAGUCACCAGACCCUCCAACACUAUCAGUACGAGAACGGUGCUCAUAUGCAGUUUGCAGCCUCAGAUACUCAAGAUCUGCCACUCAACACCUUCACAGCACAGAGGGAUUCAGGGCUCUUCUAUCACUGCCUGAAGAGAAGAGAAAGCGCACGGCACCUGGACCUGCCCUGCAAGCGCUCCUACCUGGAGGCCUCAUCGUCAGUGGGCGACGAUCACUACUUCCGCUCCCCACCGCCCUACGAGCAGCAGAUGUUGAGCCCGUCCUACUGCAGCGAGGUGGCCCCGCGGGAAGCCUGCAUGUACUCUGGGUCAGGGGCUGAGAUCGCAGGCGUGCCGGCAGUGGACGACUUGCCGCCUCCACCUCCCCCGCUGAGCUGCAAUAUGUGGACUUCUGUCGCACCUUACACCAGCUACAGUGUUCAGACAAUGGAAACUGUGCCCUACCAGCCCUUCCCAGCCCAUUUCACAGCCACCACCAUGAUGCCACGGCUCCCAUCCAUCGCGGGGCAGGGCUCGCAGCCCCCGGGGAACAGCCACUUCAGCGUCUACAACCAGCUGGCCCAGUCUCAGGUUCGGGAGCGUGUCCCCCCAUCAUCUUUCCCAAGGGAAAGGGUUCACCCAUCCGUGUGUGAGAGGAAGCCACCUUCCCCACACCUCAAUGCCGCCAAUGAAUUCCUCUACUCCCAAAGCUUCUCCUUGUCGCGGGAGUCCUCGCUGCAGUACCAUUCAGGAAUGGGGACGGUGGAGAACUGGACGGAUGGGUGACUCCGCGGGCCCAGCGGUGCCGC